GUGCCCUUCAUUGCUCUUUCUCUCUCUCUCUCUCUCUCUCUCUCUGUCAAGGAGCUAGAAAUUAAGGAAAUAGAUAUGAAGAUGAUGAGCAGUGCAGCCAUGAGAGACUCUAAGAGAAAGGUGUCAUGCAGAAAGCUGGGAGGUUAUCUACGAGAACAGAAAGGAAGGCUAUACAUUAUCAGGAGAUGUGUAGUCAUGCUUCUCUGUUGGCAUGACUAAAAAGCGAUCGUAUGUUGCGGCCGGCCGGCCACUGCAGCCAACUACUCUCUCUUUCUCUAUCUCUAUAUCUCUUUUCCUGGUGAUUUGCCAGAUAUGUGUCUUUCAAUCGGAAUGUAAAUAGCACGGAGAGAAAUGUUAAUUAGGGACAAUUUGUGCAUGACGAUGCUUAAGCUUGACAUGUACAUUAAAAACUUUCAAUUUUAAUUAUGAUUACAACUUUCUAGCAUGGAUAUAUAGAGUGUAAGUACCCAGUUAUAUGUGUUAGUAUCAUAA